GGAGGGGUGAGGGAGUGGUCAGACAGGAAGGUGAUCCGACCUGUGUAACUCCUCCCAUUUCAAAACUCUUCACCGCAGCGCUGAACUUUCUCCGGCAGAAACACAGAAGUACAGGAAGUUUCCAUGCUACCACAAUCUGGAAGAUAUUUGGGAAUAUUUAAAGCAAACCUCUGAACCUUUUUGUAAAUAAACGAGAGACUGCAGAGUUUUCCACAGCUGGACGUGGGCCACACUGAGCGAUUUAAACUGUUGUUUUUGGGAGGGAUUACUCGCUGUGCUCACGUGUGUUUGGAUCACCGGUUUUCCUAAAGGAGAGAGUUGAUGUUAAACGUCAUGUUAAACCUAUCGCCGAAAAACUUCUCUGACGUGUUGGCAACACAGCAAAGCGAUUCCAAAGGGUUUAAAUGAUAGGAGGCUCUUUGACGGAGUAUAACUGCACACCCUGGAGCGAGAGAGAGAGAGAGAAACCCGAGGAUUUUCACUGAGAACGCUUUUGUUUUCUCGACUAUGUGAAACUGGAGCGCAUUCAGGUGUAGGUAAAGAAAGAGCCAGUGUUUGUGGACUGGUGCACUGCGUUUCACUGCUCUGUUUGUGCUUUUAUUAGCUGUCUUUUUAUAGGAUUGAACGAAUCAAUAAUAUGGAGAGUGAAGGAAAAUACCCGGCCAGAAUCUCGACAAGGUUUCUAACAUCAGACUCAUUCAGGACGCUGGCUGACAAAGUUUCACACCAGAGCAACGUUGAAUCCACACGCUUUGAGGAUGUCGCUGUGACAGAUGCUUUGGAAGGGACGGAUGGCAUGAAGACAGAGCCGUGGGGUACAGAAAGACCUUCGUGGAGGUCUCCCGAAAACACAUCAGAUCUGGUGCAGGUAACCAGAGUAGAAACGUACAUCGAUGAUGACGAAGAUGUGCAAAGCACCUAUAGCAGCGGUAGUCAUGAAGAGUUCAAGUUCGUCCCCACGGCCGAGAGUAUGGUCGAGCGGUCACUCAAAAACCCCUCGGUCCUGAGCAGGUUGUUGAAAUUGUCCUCGUCUCUGUCGGAUCUGUCUCGGAAGGAGCCGGACAGCUUGGAGGCAGCUCACGCCAGAUCGACGUCACACAGUCCCACAGAGAUGAACAAGUCUGAUGGAGAUGAGGUUAAAGACUACGGCAGCUGGAGGAGAAGAGCUCCUCUGUCUGUACCUCCUGAAUCUGAGACGACGGGUGAGGAUGUGUCAUCAGGUGAUCGGCUCUCUCAUAAAGAAGGGAAUGAAGGACCGGAGUCACCGGCAAAAUCUCAAACGGCAUCUCCAGUCUCUUCUGUUUUGACAGGUUCAGGUCUAGAGUCAGAAAAUAAAGAUGUUUCAGAAAUAGUUUUGGGACAGUCCCCAACCACCUCUGAGCCAAGCGUCCCAUCUGAUCCUUUGAAACAUAGCCCGCCUACAGGGAAUUUUUUGUCUCCGGCAUCUAUAGUCUCUUCUGUUUUGACAGGUUCAGGUUUAGAGUCAGAAAAUAAAGAUGUUUCAGAAAUGGUUUUAUUGGGACAGUCCCCAACCACGUCUGAGCAUAGCGUUCCAUCUGAUCCUUUGAAACAAAACGUGCCUACGGGGGAUAUGUUGUCUCCAGCAUCUCUAGUCUCUUCUGUUUUGACAGGUUCAGGUCUAGAGUCAGAAAAUAAAGAUGUUUCAGAAAUGGUUUUAUUGGGACAGUCCCCAACCAAGUCUGAGCAUAGUGUCCCAUCUGAUCCUUUGAAACAAAACACACCUAUGGGGGAUUUUUUGUCUUCAGCAUCUCCGGUCUCAUCCGUAUUGACAAGUUCAGGUGUUGAGCCGGAGACGAAAGGUCUUUCAGAAACUGUUUCAGUGACCGCCCCGGAGCCUUCGAGAGACACUCAACGAAACACUUCCAGCCCCAAAACGGCCUCCUUCAGCGAGAAAUACCAGAUGCCCGCUCUGUUCAGCGGCCUUCGCGUUCUCAAGAAAGGUGCGUUGCGAGACGAAAAAGAGACCAAAGAGAUCAAACAGCGCGACACGGAUCGAGCCCUCCUCAGCCUCAAGCAACACGUCAACAAAGUUAAACUCGAGCCGCUGUCUAACACCACUGUUUCGAAACCGAAGCCUGAGCCAAAAUCAUUGUCUGAAGUUAGCAGUCAGUUGCAGAAGCUGGCGAACGCAGAGGCCGCCCGUAACGAGGAAACCCUGAGCAGCCGAGAGGACGCAGUCGAGCCGGACGCUGACUCCCAGGCGAACAGCAGCAAAUCUUCAGUGGAUUCGUUUGACGCAUUGAGGUCGAAAUUGUUUGGAAGUAAACCGGUGAAGAAAGAUCCUCUGGAGGCCGCACUGGACCUGGAGGCAGUGAGGAGGAAGAAGAAGAACGAGAAAGAGCUGCUGAGAGCCAUCUUCGAGAGACAGUCGAGCAUCAAGACGACGGAGAGCAAGAGUCCCACUGAGGUCAAUUGUGAGGUCACGUCUCCAUCAGACGGUGAUGACAGAACCCCUGGACGUCUGCAGGCCGUCUGGCCUCCACCCAAACCCAAAGAUGCAGACGAGAAGGUGGGACUGCGAUACACUGAAGCAGAGCAUCAGGCCGCCCUCCUUCAGCUGAAGAGAGAGUCUAAAGAUGAGAUCGAGAAGUUGCGUGAAGACUUCGAGCUACAGAUUUUCCGUGUUCGAGGCGAGCACGCAGUGACUGUGUCCAGCCUGGAGUCACUCAUUGUCAAGUUGCAGAAUGAGAAUGAGUGUCACCCCAUUCAGGACCAUGGCGAGCUUCAGGAGGUGUCCGUCUCCACCGAGGAAGACGUGCCGACCAAAACCUUCCGCAACGUGUGCGUCCAGACCGACCGCGAGACCUUCAUCAAAACUCCCGACGGCGAUGCCACCAAACCGGCGGUGAACACCAACCUGCCCAAAAAACUCGACUUGGACUCCAUCACAUCCACUUUGGGUGUGAGCCCUGGAGCUCCACCGCCGCCCCCACCUCCUCUUCCGGGUCAACCCUACGCCCCGCCCCCACCCCCUCCUCUUCCAGGUCAACCCUACGCCCCGCCCCCACCCCCUCCUCUUCCAGGUCAACCCUACGCCUCGCCUCCACCCCCUCCUCCUCUUCCGGGUCAACCCUUUGCCCCACCACCUCCACCCCCUCCCCUGCCCGGUGGCUUCGGGCCUCCUCCGCCACCUCCGUUACCUGGACUCGCACCUGGACCGCCCCCUCCUCCCCCACUCCCUGGAGCUCCUCCGCCCCCCCCACCAGGUCUGCCGGGAGCUCCUCCGCCCCCUCCGCCCAUGCCGGGUGCUGGCGCCCCUCCUCCACCUCCGGCUUUCGGGGGUUUUGGGUUCGGACAGGCGGCCGAGAAAGCGCCACGUAAGCCGGCCAUGGAGCCAGCGUGUCCCAUGAAACCGCUCUAUUGGACGCGCAUUCAGAUUCAGGAGAACAAUAAUGGCACGCUCUGGAAUGCUCUGGAGGAGCCCGAUAUCGUAAACACCACAGAGUUUGAGGAGCUGUUCUCCAAAGCCAGCGUGCAGCCCAAAAAGAAACCCCUGUCGGAUACGUACGAGAAGAAGAACAAACCCAAGAAGAUUAUCAAGCUGCUGGAUGCUAAACGUUCCCAGAAUGUUGGAAUAUUAAUAUCCAGUCUACACCUGGAGAUGAAGGACAUACAGCAAGCUGUUCUCACUGUGGAUCACACCAAUGUGGAUCUGGAGACCAUCGAAGCUUUAUAUGAAAAUAGAGCUCAAGCCGAUGAGCUGCAAAAGAUCAAGAAACACUACGAGACGUCUAAAGAAGAGGAGGUGAAACUUCUGGAUAAACCUGAACAGUUCCUGUACGAGCUGUCACAGAUUCCAGAUUUCGCCGGCCGUGCUCACUGUAUGAUCUUUCAGUCUGUUUUUGUGGAAUCCGUGAGUUCUGUCCGUCGGAAAGUGGACAUCAUUUCUACCGUGAGCAAGGCGCUUCUGGACAAUGACAGCGUUAAAGAUGUGAUCGGUCUCAUUUUGGCUUUUGGAAACUACAUGAACGGUGGAAACCGAACCAGAGGCCAGGCGGACGGGUUUGGACUGGAGAUUCUUCCCAAACUAAAGGAUGUCAAAAGCAGGGACAAUCGUAUAAGUCUGGUGGAUUACGUGGCGUCUUACUACCUUCGGAACUUUGACAAGAACGCAGCCUCAGACCAGAGCGUUUUCCCUCUUCCUGAACCUCAGGAUCUCUUUCACGCCGCUCAGGUCAAGUUUGAAGAUCUUUCAAAAGACCUCCGCAAGUUAAAGAAAGAGCUGACAGCUUGUGAGAAGGAGGUCCGGCAGGUGUGCGAGAACUCCUCGGAGGAACAUCUCCAACCCUUUAAAGACAAGAUGGAGACCUUUAUCAGCACAGCUCAGUCUGACCACACGACUGAAGAUCAGCGUCUGCAAGCUGCACAGAAGAGCUUUCAGGAAGUGGUGAAGUACUUUGGGCUCAAACCAAAGUCUGGAGAAAAAGAGGUCUUUCCCAACCACAUCUUCAUGCUCUGGUACGAGUUCUGCAACGACUUCAAGAACACCUGGAACCGUGAGAUUAAAACCAUGUCUAAAGAGAGACUGAAAGCAGCUAAAGAAAACGUCCAAAAGAUCACGGCGGACAAGAAAGUGGAGACAAAACAGAUCAACGCAAACAGUCUGAAAGAACGACUUCGGAAGAAAGAAGCAGGUGUGCCGUCCAGCUGAGACGAGAAGAGGUCGCCCAUCACUGAUUCGGACAUCACAUCUUCUUCAGAUCAUCUGCUGACCGUUCAAUCUGUGACUGAUCUCAGAUCAGCGCCGGUGUACUCCUGAGAAACCUGAAUCAUUCAAAACAGCAAGCUAAGAGAACACGUGAUUGAAAGAACUUCUUAUUUUAAGAAAUCGUCAGAAGUGAUGCUGAAUGUGUCAGGACUCGAUCUGUAGAUCUUAAUCCAACAUCUACAUGGACAUGUAAACAGCAGUGCCUCAUAUGUGCGUCAGUCACAGCCUGAAAUCACAUGAACACGUCAAGGGCCGACAUGAUGUCAUCUGUCUUUGUACUUGAGCGGAAAACGAAUCCCCUUAAUGGCUCGUUGAAGUGCUGUUUGUUUUCUUUCAGCAUUUGUCACCGUGUUGCUUUUCCAGUUUUUGCCAAAUGAAACUUGAUUAAGUGUGAAGCACUUUACGCACUUUGGUUAUGAAGCCUAUGCAAUAUUGUGUCUGAAAACUGUACAUUUUUAUUUCAGAACGCUGCUGAACGUAGAAUGAUCCGUGUGAUGUUACGCUAGAGAAAUAUGUUGACCCAGAGUAUUUUCUAAAGUGCAAGCGAGCGAACAACUGCCCUGUUUGUUCAGCAAAUGGUUUUGUUACGAAAUGCAUAAGAAUGUUUUGCUUGGAGAGAGGGUUUGUCUAUUCAUUUAUACAUGAUGAAUCUGUGUGUAUGUUUGUCACUGGUCCUUUUAUUUACGUUUAAUGUUUAAAGUUCUUUAACAUUGUGUAUGUAAAUCAUUUGAAUGCACCGUCACAGUGUGAGUUUGCCGAUACUGGGUCCAAAUGAAGUUUGUUUCCAAAAUGAGAUUUUAAAAUGUUUUUUAUAAUGUUAUCAUGUUCUUAUUGGGAAAGUUAGCUGUACUUUUUUGAGUCAUUAUGCCUCAAAUCAAAACAAACCAUCUGCAGUUAGAAUGAUAUUAAUUGGAAUGCACAAUAAAAAAAAAACAUGAUUUUUUAUCUUAUUUUGGAAAUCAACUCUUCAAAUGUUCUUUUAAGUUUGUUCAUACGCCUCUCGUCAGGUGAAAUAAACUGUUUUUAUUUGA